GAGUUAUUCUCCCAUUAACGUGUAAAUAAAUAAUUAAUCUAGAACCGAUCUUUUACAAGGCUCAGUAGGAAUAAGAGUCACCGACUGGUAGAAAAGAGAUGCCACUUUCUUGGCGCUUCGAGGAUCUGAAGUUAAUGUACGAAAAUUGCUGUCAAGGUCAGAAAUGAAACUUGAGGGAACAAUCACGAGAAGACUGACGAUCGCAAUGCUCUCUGCAGGUAUUCGUUAGAACGUGGAUGUUCAGAUGCUCUUGGAUGGUGGUAUGAUCUGCUGGUGACCGAUAAAAAUAGCUCCGCUCGGCGGGAGGUUCGGCGGCAUUCCCGAUGCAUUCCUGUCUAACACUUGACGCGAGCGGAGUGGGUUGUUUCCUCAAGUGACAGCAAGUGACAGUGACAGAGGUACGAUGCGCAAGUGAAUUCGUUUUUGAAAAUGGAUAUGAAAAGCUGCGAUGUCAAAGAUUUUCUGCAAGACGUUAAUCGCUUUUUGACUGAAACCUUGAAGAAUGAACCUCUCUCUGGAAAGGCGAAAACGGAGCGUGAUGAGCUGGCUCAGAAAGUGUCAUCCCUCUUAGAGCCAGCUGGCCCUUAUAUUGAUAUGAGUGGAUCUUCAAAAAGUUCACAAUCUGGAGAAUAUGUUUCUCUGAAUACCAAUCAAGCCAAAAAUACUGACAGUAAGCUUUAUGAGGAGUUUCCAGACGUCCACCUUCUUAACCAUUCUGGACAACAAGACUGUCGACAUAGUAUUAAUAUUGAACAUUUAAUUUUACCUGCAUCGAAACUACGCAUGGUAGGGAAAAAAUUUGGUGCCUUGUCAAGAAAGGAAAGGUUUAUGGGACUGUUUGUGGAGCGGUCAAUUCGUUGCUAUGUAGGACUACUCAAUCAGAAUUUAUAUGUAUACAAUAGUGAUAAAGAUGCUAAACCUGCAACAUAUAUCAAUGUGCAAGGUUUUGAGGCUCGACCAGCUGUCACAUUUUUCCCAAAAGACGCUAAGAAAAGAGACUUUGGUUUUGAAGUUGUUUGUCCGGGAAAGAAAUCAUACCAGUUCUUGGCAAGCAGUCUCAAUGAAAUGGAACAAUGGAUAAAUUGUAUUAAUGAAGCAAGUUCUCAUAUAAUUGAAAACCAUGACAGUGAGAAUUUGCCCAAGAAGCUCCUGCCAAAGCCCAAAUGUCUACCUCCAACUCCCUCACCAACUGUGAUUGAAGAUGAAGAAUAUGAUGAUGUGCGUGGACAUAGUGAUUGUGUAAGUGAGAAAAAUGAAGAAUAUGGGGAUGAAAUUUAUUACAACAUUAAUGACCUUAACAUCAUUGGAAAAGAACGUGCAGUGCAAUCUGUAGACCAACAUAGUGACUCAAAGUACAUGACAGACAGUGAAUUAGUGUAUGAUGAUAUUUGUCCAUUAAAUCCCAAAUUAUAUUAUAAUGUAAGUGGUCAACGGACAGAAACCACAUUUGAAAGUGAUAAGACGUUAGAAAGAACAUUUGAGUACGAUGAUGACAUUUAUGAUGAUAUUGGAGUGCUUUUAAACAAGUCUGAUUCUAAGUCAACUUGUGAUAAUACUUCAAUCAACAGACAAAAUACCAUACUUAAGAAGGAAGAUGUUUUAUGUAAUACCAAAGAGCAUGUCUUCAGUGAAAUGAUCACUGAGGUCACUGAUUGUAUAUUAGAUAAAGGUAUUAGUUUUAAUGAUAAUCUGUAUGAACCAGUUGAAAAUCCAAAAGAUGAAUAAAAAAAAAAAA